AGUUCUUUCGGUCUCACCCACUGUCAUUGCAGUUAACCUCCCUGAGGUGGUUUCAACUGCAAAUAUCUUGCUCUUGGUAACUCCUAAAUUCCAGUCCUACAAUAUGGUGUACCUCCCGAGCAUUUGCAAAUAUGACAAAUCUGAAGCUAUCCCCGUGGAGGUAGCUGUGUCUGGAAGACAGUAAGAGAUGUGUGUCCUCAUGGAAGAUUCCAGCAUGUCCAAUGGCAUCGAUGUGGACAAAGGCUUUGCCAUUGCCUUCGUUGUCCUUGUGUUUGUGUUCCUAAUAGUGAUGGUUUUUCGGUGUGUAAAGUUGGUGAAGAAUCCCUAUGAGGUCAGCUCUACAACCGCAGACCUGCCUCUGAAUUGAAGUACCAUCAAACCUAGAGGUCUCCUCUUGACAAGAGACUUGCAAUCAUUUUUUAGUGGAGCAGUGCUUUUAGCAGGGUCUUAUACAGCCAAGACUUGCCUCAAAACCCUGAACCCUGUUUCUCCUCCCCCUCCUAAAUACCGGGACUACAAAGAAUGCUCCAUCACAACAUUUAAAAUCUUUUAUAUUGAUGUGUAUGAUCCAGACUUUAUAUCCCCUUACCUCUGCAUUUCUCAAGCUUGCAAUCUUAUGUUCUGUAACAAGCAUGUAGGAGUAUCUCACCAGAGAGAAAAGUGGGGCUAUUUUUCGUUGUUCUUUUUCAGGGAAUCCAUUACUAAAGUUGAACUUAUUGACUAGA